AGUAAGCUGAAGAAGAUCAGAAGUUUAAUUAAACGGUCAAGGACAUCAAGAAACGAUGUUUAUCACUCUAUUGUUGUCAUCCAUGUUUAUCUUAUUGGUAUAUUAUUAUUACGUACAAUAUGGAAGAAACGGGCGACUCGUUAAUCUUUUACCAGGACCACCGGGCCAUCCGAUUGCUGGCAAUGCAUUUCAAGCAUAUAUUUCAGCAGAGGAACAAUGGAAAGUGAUAUAUAGUUUAUCUGAUAAGUAUUAUCCCAUUUUUAAAUUCUGGAUUUUUUUCACGUGUUGUGUGACUAUCCGUCAUCCAAAUGAUCUAGAGACGAUAUUAAGCAAUACCAAGCGCACCGAGAAAAGUCGUAUGUAUAACUUGUUUCAACCUUGGCACGGCACAGGUCUUUUCACCAGCACAAGCGCUAAGUGGCAUACGCGACGAAAGUUAUUAACACAUGCGUUCCAUUUCAAUAUAUUAACUCAAUAUGCUGAUAUAUUGAUCAAGGAGGAUGAUUAUAUGACAAAAUCUUUGAAAGAUGUCGGGAUGGCAGUUGUAAAAGAUUUAUUACCAUUUAUUAGUGAAUAUACGCUAAACGCCAUAUGCGAAACUGCCAUGGGAGUUUACGACAUAAUGCAACUGAUAUAUUAUAGAGCAUUCGGACUUUGGUUCUAUAACGAUUUGUUGUUUUCAUUAUUGCCACAAGGGAGAAAGCAAAAAAAGAUCUUGAAAAUAUUGCAUGGAUUUACGGAAAAAGUCAUCGCAGAACGAAAACUUUAUCAUGAACGUACCAUUGGUCGAUAUUUGAAAAAUCUUGAAAAUAACAAAGAGACAGAGAUAGAUGUCGAAUUAAAAAAAAAGCGGCUAGCCAUGUUGGAUCUCUUAAUAGCGGCAUCUCGAGACAAUUUGUUGACUGAUUUGGAUAUCAGAGAAGAAGUCGAUACCUUUAUGUUUGAGGGUCACGAUACUACAGCGAUGAGUAUGACCUUUGCUUUAUUACUAUUAGCUGAACACAAAGAUAUCCAGGAACGUGUGAGGGUUGAAGUCGAUACCAUGAUGCAAGAGAACGGAGGAAAACUUACCAUGAGAUUGUUGCAAAAUUUGCCAUAUUUAGACAGAUGUUUAAAGGAAACGCUACGUUUAUAUCUCAGCGUUUUUUUUAUAAUACGAGACGUUAAGGAGAAUAUUCAUAUGUCUGCUGGAACAAUCUUAUAUCUUAAUAUCUACAAAGUUCACAGAGACUCCAAAUUUUGGCCAAAUCCAGAAGUAUUUGAUCCGGAUAGAUUUUUGCCCAAGAAAAUACAGAAUCAUCAUCCUUAUUCUUAUCUACCGUUCAGCGCAGGACCGAGAAAUUGA